CAGGUGGACUACUGGAUAAUGUUUUAUUAAGCGACUGUGAAGUCAUACUCUCUUUCACCGAGUUUUCAUUUUUCUCCCUCUUCCUUUCCUUCCUUAUACACUUGUACUUUACUUGUACGACUUGUCGCCUCAAAUACCUUAAACCUUGGGUAGAGGGAGUUUUCACUCUGUCAUGGCUAUCAUGCUACCAAUCGAGAUAUUACAGAUUAUAUUUCAGCAAUUCAAACGACAAGCCGAUUUUAGCGUCUUGAGCCGAGUGUGUCGACAAUGGCAUGUUGUAGCAACAAGUUUGUUAUAUCGAUGUCCAACCUUAGAGUCGGAAACACAAAUUAAAUUAUUUUGUCAAAGCUCAGAAGGCGCCAGAGCAUACAUCCAACAACUUGACUUCUCGACAGUCAGUUCGUGGCUGACCGACGAGAUUUUAUUAUGCUUGAUACCUGAGGAUGCAAAUAGCAGAGCCCACAAAUCAAUAAGAUCGUUGGGCCUAGCGAACUGCAACCGAUUAUCUUGUCAAAGUAUAUUUGCUUUUUUGAAGAGUUGCUCCCUUGACCAUGUACUUCAGGAAGCGGUAUUUGCGAACUGCCUGCUGUCAGACCAAAUCAUUUCUCUACUAUCACAAUCUCGAUCAGUGCGGAAACUGAACAUUUGCAAUACCAUGAUCCAGCCAUGCGUUGAUAUGGAAACAUCACAUUGUCUUGGUCCAUUUGCAAAGGCGUGCGAAAAUCUCGAGGAACUUGACAUGUCAUUUUGUGCUUGGGUUGAUGAGCAUACCAUGGAUACCAUCUGUCGACUGCGACAUCUGCGAAAGCUCAGUAUUCGGUGGUGUCACCGAGUACCCAUCCAAUCCAUAUUUCACAUUGUUCAACACCUUUCUUCCCUACAGUCGCUGGAUGUUCGCCAUGUCAACGGCGUUAAUCACCCGGACAUCAUACGCUUCGUAUUGUAUUUACGACCUAGUUUAGGAGAAGUUCAUUUCACACAAGAGCAAAAAAUCAUGACUUGCGCUAGAAGACUUGCCGGCGGAGACGUGGAAAUGGCAGUGUCCGGCUGACUUGACAUAGAGCUUUUCAACAUGAUGCCCGGACGAGGUUCGAUUUUGACUGUACAACGUUUCCCUUACACAUAUAAUCCCUUGUCAUCAUCAACCAUCCGAUAGAAAAACCGAAUGUGUUUUCGUACUUGCGCGUUAUUUAAAAUAAUGAAAUCUUUGUUUUUUAAAAUAUCACAUUUUCUGCAAAUCAUAUAUAUACAAUCGUUCAGUACCGGGUAACAGGAGGCAGGAUAGCCGAAAUUGUAAUGGGGAGGUGGUUCUAUUGAGAUGAGCACGAUAGGCAGAACGUGCGUUCUAUAUGGCUUGAAUAGCUGAAGGAAGGAGAAAACGAUAAAUGGUAUUUCCUAGAUUUGCGAUAGUGCCGGAU